UUAAUUUAAACCACAGAAUAAAGAAAAGCGCAGAAUCUGACACUUUGAACAUAGGAAAAAAGAGAAAUGCUUCAGGGCAUUAAAAUAAGGAGGUUUGGCUGAAAUAAUAUUUAAGGAUCUGAUCCUUAGAUGCACGGUCUCUUCUUUUCAUACUGACAGCCAUCACCCUGUAUCUAUACUACUAUAAGUUGAAAAAAGGCUUAAAGAUUUUCUCUAUCAAGAGUGAAGAAGAAGGUCUUUGUUCCUGAGGUUUCCAAACAUCACUGGUGAUACAUUCAGUAAACUGGGAAUGAGAUUAGCUGACACAUGUAUACCGGUGGCUGGGAGAGUCUUUAGCCCCCAGUUGUAAUUCUCUGUGUAGCUCCCAGAAUGCAUAGCAGAUUAGUAGGGACGUAGAAAAGAUCUAAAGGUCUGUUGACAUUGACACUUCUUCACUAUAUCCCCCACCACAUCACCUGACUGUCAGUGUCAUGACUGGCAAGUUCUGCCCAUGCAGCACUUUAGUCCCUCAUGCUUACAUGCUAAUAAGUAUUGUCAUCAAAGUAAUCUUAUGAAAGUUAGAGACCAAAAUCAAACAGAACUAAUAUAUUCACACAGUUUCUAAGCUUUGCAGUGAUACACUUAUAUAUGAGCGAGUGGUUAAGAAUCAUUAGCCACAAGAUUGUUGAUUGGAGGCAACCAUCUAAUAUGAAACAAAAUAACCAACCAGUCAGUUAUAGGAAACAUAUUUUACAGAGAAGGAACUAUCACUAAAAAACUCAGAGAAACUAAAGCUACUGUAAGUGUGAAACAAAUGUAGGCUGAUACAAAAAGACAAAGUCAAGGAGCCUAAAAAAUGAGAGCAGAAAAUGAAAAGAUGCAUAGAAAGCCUAGAAGAUAACUUUGUUAAUGAUUUCUCAGAAGCUAGAGAAAAAGGCCGUCAGGUGGAAACUAGGAGGUAAAAAUCUGAAAAGUUAGAGAACCAGUCAAUUGAACACAGUACCUAAGAAUAAGAAUUCCAGAAAUUGAGGGUGGAAAAGCAACCUGAUGGGAAGAUAUAAAACAAAUUCUAUAGAACAAUAGCAAACUUUGAAUAGACAAUCCAUAAAAAGAUAAAAGGGCCUAAAAUGUAUGGAAAGAGGUUGUUUCAUUCAUAGUAAAAAUUUCUAAAAAUAUACCAUUGGCUGUAUUGUUGUCUUCUCCAAAAAGCGUGUUCAAAUCCCAGCACUCUGGAAGCUAAGGGAGGAGGAUUGCUGUGAGUUCGAGGCCAGCCUGAACAGUAUAGCGAAACCCUGUCUCAAAAAGGCAGAAAGAGGGGCUGGGGAUUUAGCUCAGCGGCAUAAGCACCUGCCUUGCACGUGUGCAGUCGUGAGUUCGAUCCCUGGUACGGAUAGAAAAAGACAAAAAAAAAAAAAAAAAAAAAAAAAGACAAAAAGAAAAGCAAAAUGUAUGUUCCAGUUCUGACACCAGAUACCUAUUAGUAUGACUUGUUUGGAAGUAUGAUCUUUGCCAGUGUAAUAAAGUGGAAUCACACCAAAUUAAAGUGGGCUCUAAUUCCAUGGCUGGUGUCCUUAUAAGAGAGAAUUUGAAUAAACACACAUGGAGGGUGCCAUGUGAUACCAGAGACAGAGAUUACACUACCUGAAGCUAAGAAAUGCCCAGUAUUGUUCAUGCGGAGCUGGGAGAGAAUAGGACAGGUUUUCACUCUGCUUGGAGAAGCAGCCAACCUUGCUAACAUCUUGAAAAGGACGACAUAUUAUUUAGUGUUUGUUGUGUGACAAGCUGUUCAAAACUGUAGCAGUUUUAAACAUUUAAAAUUCAAGAUUGCUUAUAAGGUUUGUUUGGGCAGGUUCUUUUUGGUGUGUGUGUCAGGGGUGGGGAGAUCUGGCGGCUGUGGCUGUGGCUGGAGGGUCCGGAACUGAGUGACUACUUACCUGGUGGGAAGCUUGAUGACUGCUUUGUAGUAGCAAAUCCUGGUUGGCUUACAGCAUAGACGUGGUAGGGUUCCCAAGAGCAGUGGCUAGGAUGAGGUGCUGGAAUGUAACCUGGUUUCUAAGCACUUUUCAGGCCUCUAGUUGCAUCCUCUGCUAACGUCCCAUUGUUACAAGCAAGUUGAAAGGUAAGCCUAGACUUAAAGGACAGGGAAAUAGCUUCUGUUUCUUGAUGGGGAGAAGCUUCAUGAUGGUGGGUGUCUUUGAAAUUUAGUACAAGUGAUACUAUAAAAAGCAUACUAUUGGCUGAUCAAAUACAGGCAGAUGGUGAGGUCUGAUCGACAUCCUGAGAGAAUACUGAGCCUUUAUAAUAAUCUGAGCAAAUCUUCGUGCUUGGACUAUACUAGGAACAAGCCCAAAGAGAGAUUUGUGGUUUCAAGGGCCAUAUAACAUAUUGGGUUCGGGUAUCAAAGGUAGAGGCCUUAGAGCCUGGUGUGUAGAGAAUCUGGGUUUAAUGACUACAGCCUAAGAUUUUUUAGGUGUAAACCCAAUUAGCUAGAUCUGUGUUGGUGGUGGAAACCCAGAGUUCUGAUUUAUUUCAUUUGCUACGCUUUUUUUUUUUUGCAUCCAGAGACCCAUAUGGUGUAGGGGAAUUAGGUUGGUUUUUACAGCUUGUCUGAUCCAAUCUGCUCACUGAUGAUAUCGAAUCCUAGAGGGGAAGAGACCCUCCAAGGUCACAAAGCACUAAGUGGCGCAGCCAGGACACAGAGGUGAACAUUUUCAACAUUUUCUGUCCUCUUUUGCCCUCUUUCCUAAAGCAGCAUUUAAGGUAAUAGAAUCUGUUCUUUUAGAUAAAAACAUUGUAAUAGACACAUUCUCCUGCGAGUAUAGCGAACGGUCUUUCUUCUUUCUCCCAAAGUGAGCUCCCAAAGUGGAAAAAUGCAUUUGAAGAAAAGAAGUUGUUCAGUUUAUGUUAGAACCAGGAUAGUUGUGGAUUUCAGUGCUGGGGAUGUGGGAGUUCAGUGCCAGGGCAUACUAAAGGUUGUAGUGUAUUGUAGAUUUUAAGCUGGUUUUUUUUAACAAGGGGUGAUGUAUAUUGAAAACAACAUCCCUCUGGCUGUUGUACAGUUUAUUCUUGUUGGUCCCUAAAAGGUGAAAAUGGACAAAAGGAAGCCUGUCGUCUCAGGGAUGUGUGGUCCGCCUGGUGGAUGUGGAAGCACAGGGAAUGUGAUUGGACAUGAGGGAGGCAGGGUGACUCAGGGCAGGCUGUACCCAUGGGCAGCUGAAGGCACGUGUAAGUAACACAUGUCCUGGUUGAUUAGGGAGAGCAGAGUCCAGAGCUCCUUCCCAUUGCGGUGGCCUCUUGCCAGACCUGACCCUGCAUUGUUGGUUCCGUGGUCAUGAAGACUUUUCUGCUAACUUUGGUUGUGCUGCUGCUCUUGUCCCAGGCCAUUCCAGGCAACACUGAAAGAUGUUGGAGGCAGCGUGGCUCCUGCCGGGAAAAAUGCACAAAGGAUGAAAAAUUUUAUGUGUUCUGCCUGAGUGGUAAAGUGUGCUGUGUGAAGCCCAAGUACAUGCCAAACUUACCACACAAGUGAACUAGUGCUUUGGAGUCCAAGGCCACAAACAGAAGACAAAACUGUCA